AUGCAUCCACUCCAUCUCAACCACCCAUCUCCAAAUCCAAACAUGAAGACCAUAGAAGAAGAACAACAACACUGCUCCUUAUGUCCUUCUCCUGAUGCUCCAGUAAAUUACCAAUCCAUACUAUCCUCUACUACUUCAUCGAGCAAUACUCUUACAAGUACACAUGCAGAUCGUUCUCCCAAACGAUCUCUCUUCAAGCAAGCAAAAUUAAAGUUGAAACAAUGUAAGGAAGGUAUUGGAGUGAUGAUCAGCUUGUUUGCAUUCCUUCCACGCAAGCAAGAAAACGCUCGCCUCCAUUCGUAUGGCUCUUCCACAAACAACACCAACCAGUUCGUGGCAACAACAUCGCAAAGCCUUUAUCAAGACUUGCUAGUUCAAGUGUGA